AGAGAGGUGAUAGUCUGAUAGAGGCUUCAUCCACUAGGAGCCAGUGAUGGAGUGCUCCUUUUUCUCCCUCAGCUUCUUGAUUUCUUUUUUCUUUUAUGAUAACGUUUUUAUGACAUGAUAACGCUAACACAUUAACAUGUUGGUUUUACCACCACAACUAACUACUACUUCGUUACCAUUCAAUUCAACCCGCGUUAAAUAUUUCCCUAUCCACCGCCACCGCCACCAUGUCAUCUCUCAACCACCACCCUCCGCCACCUCAUCCUUCUCAUCCGCCAGACCAAUAAUAAUCGACGACGGCCCCAACGACAUUCUCUCCCUCCAAAGCCGCCGUUACGACUUCACUCCCCUCCUCAACUUCCUCUCCACCGAUUCCACCACCACCGCCGCCGCCACCACAAACUCCCUCUCUCCAACCGAAUUUCAACUCGCCGAAUCCUACCGCGCCGUACCAGCUCCACUCUGGCACGCGCUUCUCAAAUCUCUCUGCUCCUCUUCCUCCUCCAUCAACCUAGCAUACGCCGUCGUUUCAUGGCUCCAGAAACACAACCUCUGUUUUUCCUACGAGCUUCUCUACUCAAUUCUCAUCCACGCGCUUGGACGAAACGAAAAGCUUUACGAAGCUUUUUUACUCUCUCAACGACAGGUUCUUACGCCGUUAACGUAUAACGCUUUAAUCGGUGCUUGUGCUCGUAACGGUGAUUUAGAAAAAGCACUUAACCUAAUGUCUAGAAUGCGCCGUGACGGUUUUCAACCUGAUUUCAUUAAUUAUAGUUCAAUUAUCAAAUCGUUAACUCGUUCUAAUAGAAUUGAUUCUCCGAUUCUUCAGAAGCUUUAUGCUGAAAUUGAAUCCGAUAAAAUUGAAGCAGAUGGUCAUCUUUUGAAUGAUAUCAUACUCGGUUUUUCAAAAGCCGGUGAUGCUACGCGUGCAAUGCAUUUUCUUGCUGUUGCUCAGGGUAAAGGUUUGAGUCCUAAAUCAGGGACGCUUGCUGCAGUUAUAUUGGCGUUGGGAAAUUCUGGUAGAACGAUUGAGGCGGAGGCGUUGUUUGAAGAGAUUAAGGAAAAUGGUUUGGAACCAAGAACCAGGGCUUAUAAUGCAUUGCUUAAAGGUUAUGUGAAAACCGGUUCUCUUAAAGAUGCAGAGUUUGUUGUUUCUGAAAUGGAGAAGAGUGGUGUUUUGCCUGAUGAACAUACUUAUAGUUUAUUGGUUGAUGCAUAUGCUCAUGCUGGAAGAUGGGAGAGUGCGAGGAUUGUGUUGAAAGAAAUGGAGGCAAGUAAUUUGCAGCCAAAUUCAUUUAUUUAUAGUCGAAUAUUGGCCAGUUAUAGGGAUAAAGGGGAGUGGCAGAAAUCGUUUCAGGUUUUGAAGGAGAUGAAGAUGAGUGGAGUGCAACCAGAUAGACAUUUUUAUAAUGUGAUGAUUGAUACUUUUGGGAAGUAUAAUUGUCUUGAUCAUGCGAUGGCAACAUUUGAACGAAUGUUGUCUGAGGGGAUUAGGCCGGAUACGGUUACUUGGAAUACCUUGAUAGAUUGUCAUUGUAAGUCUGGGCGACAUUCUAGGGCGGAAGAAUUGUUCGAGGAAAUGCAGCAGAGCGGGUAUUCGCCUUGUGUUAUGACUUAUAACAUUAUGAUUAAUUCUAUGGGGGCACAAGAAAGAUGGGAACGAGUGAAUGAUUUGUUGAGUAAAAUGCAGAGUCAAGGAUUGUUGCCCAAUGCAGUUACCUAUACAACUCUUGUUGAUAUAUAUGGCAAAUCCGGAAGGUUUAAUGAUGCUAUUGAGUGCCUUGAGGUCUUGAAAUCUAUGGGAUUUAAGCCAACUUCGACCAUGUAUAAUGCCCUAAUCAAUGCCUACGCACAAAGGGGUCUGUCCGAUCAAGCAGUAAAUGCAUUUAGGAUGAUGGCAGCUGAGGGUCUGACACCCAGUCUUUUAGCUCUCAAUUCCUUAAUCAAUGCUUUUGGAGAAGAUAGAAGAGAUGCUGAAGCCUUUGCUGUAUUGCAGUACAUGAAAGAAAAUGGUGUCAAACCUGAUGUAGUUACUUAUACCACGCUCAUGAAAGCUUUGAUUCGUGUUGACAAGUUCCACAAGGUUCCAGCAGUGUAUGAAGAAAUGGUUAUGUCUGGAUGCACUCCAGAUAGAAAAGCUAGAGCAAUGCUGCGUUCGGCUCUUAGAUACGUGAAACAGACACUGAGAUCAUAAAUUAGCAAGCACAUGAAUAAAGCUCAUACAGAGUUGAAUCUGAUAAAAAAAGAAGAGUAGAAUUUAGUCAACUGGUAUACGUGGUUCUAAUUCUAAUGUUGUGGAUUAGUAUAGACGGUGCACAAUGUAUUUGUGGGGUUUGUCAUCCUGGAAAUGUAUGCUCCAGCUGUUACAGAACACAAGUAAUGAGGUUGUGGAAAUCACAUGGAACCCAUCCCCCACCUCCCUACACAAAAAUCAUCCAGACACUAUUGGCUUCCCCUAAUGUUGUACUAUCUAUCAAUCUUGGGGAUUAAUGUAUUAUAUCUAUAAUUUUUUUUUUUGACAAUGUAUUGUAUUUUUAUUGUAAGUAAAGUUUAUACGUUACAAUGGUUAUGUUUCUUGUUCAUAAGUGGAAUACAUUAGAAAAAGGGUGCAUUUUA